AGAGGUGGUUGUCAUUUGUUUAUCUUAUGGAUGUGUUUUUCUUGGAAUAUUUUAGUUUUGUUAAUUUAUGUUACUACGUGUCUACGUUUUUACAAAAUGCUUAAACGUUAGUGUGUUUUUACCGACAAACUAAAAGGAGAUUAUAAGUUUCUAAAAAAAUGUCAAAAUGGUAAUGACUGCGUGAGAUUUUUGACAUGCAAUUCCGAAUUUUUUGUGGAGCACCGAGGAUGGUGUGAUAUUGAAAAUCACAUGCAAAGUGAUAGAAACAAAAACGCUACUCAAGUAGUGUCCACGGCAAGUAUUAAAUCUUUUUUUAAACACAUUAACGCCACAAAUGACGAAUUACAGUGUGCGGCAAAAGAAGCAACUUUUGCUUACUACAAUGCAAUACACAGAUUAAGUUUUAGAACGUACUGUCAAACUAAUUAAAAAGUUUUUUGAGCCAAAAUUUCCAGGAGUUUGGACUAUAAUGGAAGCAAUGCAUUUAUUGUAAAUGUUAUAUAUCCUUUCAUAUUUAACGAAUUACUUAAGAUCUUAACGACGUAAAUUUUGUUACUCUAACGAUUGACAGUUCUAACAGAAAAAAAAUCAAACUGACUCCUGUAUGCGUUCGUUGUUUUAAUCAAAAUGAAGGAAUUAAGGUUAAACUUUUAUAUUUUGAUCAACUUCUGGGUGAAACCUCUGAUCUUUUGGUGGAACAUCUUUUAAAUGUAUUAAAAAGUAUUCUAUUGAUUCAAAAGUUAUUUAUCUUUGCGCUGAUAACACUAAUACUAACUUCGGUGGUGGAAAAAGAAAAGGUCAAGUAAAUGUUUUUCGAAAACUGUAAAAGUCUUUGUCUCGUGAUAUUCUUGGAAUUGGUUGUGCGGCUCAUAUCUUGCACAAUACUUUCCAGAUAGCAUGCGAUGCUCUGUCCAAUGAUGUUGAGGUAAUAGUAGUAAAAGUGUAAAAAUUCUUUUUUCGGUAUACUGUCAGAGUGACUGUGCUAAAAGAAUUUUGCGACUUUGCAAAUAUAGAGUAUAAAAAAGUCCCUUCUCAUGGAAAUACGAGAUUUUUGAGCUUAUUACCUGUCAUAGAACGGAUACUGUUAUUGUUUGAUGCCUUAAAGUCGUAUUCCAUGGCCAUUGAAAACUGUACUGUAUUGUUACUUGCUUUUUUUGAAGACCCAGUAUCUGAACUUUAUUUAAAGUUUGCGCACGGAACUAUUCAAAUGUUCCAAAUAUCUAUUCUAAAACUUGAUUCUGACUUUAUAACAGCUUCAGAAGCAACACAAGUGUAUGAAGAAUUAAUUAUCAAACUGGAAGAACGGAAAGCAAAUAACUUUAUACUGUUUGCAGCUAACCAGCUACUUGUUAGGCUAAAAUAUGAUAAUACAGUUAACGAUGAUAAGGAAAAGCAUUUUCGUAAAAAUGUGGAAGGUUUUUAUCAAACAGGGAUUCAUUAUUUGAAAAUUUGGGAAAAUAGCUUUGACAAAGCUAACAAAUUCAAAUGGUUAAUGCUACAAAAUGAUCCUACUUGGGAAAAGAUAGAGGCUAGUACAAUAAUUGUUGUCAGUAUUGUACCAAAUUCUAUCAACGUGGAUCAACUAUUUGACGAACGCUCGUCUCUAGUCCAAGUACUAAGACGUCUGAAACCUAAAUGGACUUCACUAUCAAAAGAAGAAAUACUAAAAACUCAUGAAAAAAUGGAAGAAAAUAUUAGAUGCAUUUUUUAGAAGCAACGUUUCGUAUUAUAAAAGAUUUUCUUUUCCAGACAAACAUAAUGGCUAGACACUACAAAUAAAAAUAUGAAAAGGUCAUUUCAGCAUCAGUCAAAGGAUAUUUUUCUCAUGCCAAAAAAUGAAUUGAGACAAUCACUCAGGACCAUAGACCGUUUUGUUGGUUCACAUUUAUUAUCAAUAGAAGGAGAAUUGAAAAUUACUAGAUCAUAACAAAUUAACAAAAAUCAAGAAUAUAAAUAAAAAAAAUGAUAUUAAAUCAAACAACAGUUCUGAUAUGAUAUAGUAAUUAAACAAAUAAGGAAAUUGAUAUAAACAGCAAUAUGAACUAAUGGCACAAGAAAAUUGGAGAAAUAAAGCAGACCGACCUAUCAAAAUCAAGAAAGAGGAAGAAAUUCCAAACGAUUUUCGAAAUAUACAAUUUCAUGUUCAAUUAUUCACCAUGUACUAAAUAUUUCAGGUUUACAAUCAAUUUCAUUAUCAAUGAUAAUAAACGGAAAUCUUUAACCAGCUCUUAAAGUAAAUAAAGAAAAAAAUUCUGAUAUUUAACACGUAUUUUUGAUUCAUUUUAGUAGGUAUAACAGUAAGCUACAUCGAUAACAAAAUUAUAAGUUGUAUAUUGAUAAUAAUAGAAUGAAUCAUUUUAUAAGACUAUGAAAAUAUAUUCUCUUUGUGGAGUUACAAGCAUAACUUAUGAUCAACAUAGUAAUUUGUUGAUAGAAAUUUAACUUUUUACAAUGUGAUCAGUAGAAUCUGAACCUCAAUAUUGUAUACAAAUAUCAAUGUUAUUGCUUUAUGUAACAAGUUUUUAUCUGAUAUACCUAGCAGUAUACAAAUAUUGGAAUGCACUAUUUUUACUACAAAAAACCGUAUUUUAUAAUGCAACAAUAAUACUCGGUGAAUUUUUAAAUAGUAGAGGACGCUUAGAAGAUAUGAAUAUAUAUUUAAAUAAAUAUGUUACGGGAAAAAAAAUAAAAAUGGUGACCAAACUGCGAAAAUAGAAGUAGAAAUUAUAUAAGAAUACUGCAGGAACAUAUUUUAUUAGAAACAGAUGUUUUUAAGGAUAAUAUGGUAAAUGA